UUGUGCCAAACUAUACAAAGACAUGCUAUAUAAAGCAAGACAAAAGGGAAUAAAACCAUCCUAUGUACCUGAGAACAUUUGGGAUGCAUGGCGAGCCAUUUGGGCUGUAGACAGAUGGCAGGAAAAUGCAAUGAAAGCUCGAGCCAAUAGAAAGAGUGAGCUGGCUGGCCCUAGUACUGGAGCAACAAAACAUACCGCUGGAUCCCGAUCGAUCGUCGAGCAUGCCUUAGACUUGGAACAUGAUCUACAGCGACCUCCUACUUGUUGGGAGAUAUUUACCAAGACACACAAGUCAAAAGAUGGCAACUUUAUAGAUCGUCGAUCAUCGGCAUUAGACGAAGAAAUUGCUGCUAGGGUUGCACAGGCGUCUCAGCCUAGUUUAGAGGGAGGUGAGGAGCAGACUCUAUCCACUGACCAGAUAAAUGAAAUUUAUUAUGAUGUGGUUGGUGGAAGGAAAAAGACCUCCACCCUAUAUGGUCUUGGGGCUCAGGCGAGAGUUGUAUAUGAUCAAGCGAUGGCUCCUAGGGCCAGGGGUCGUCCCAGCACAUCAUCGAGUGCAUCCGAAUCAUCUGCUAGAGUAGACGUCUUAGAACAGGAAAACGCAGAUUUGAAGACUCGACUCUCGACCUUGGAGGCUGAAUUUCGAGUAGAGCGGCAAUCCCGAUUGGAUCUUGAGAAAAUUGGGCGGGAUAUGCAGGCCUUCUUGGAUCAAAUGAGUGCAACGCCGCAUCGUUUUGCCUCUCAGGAGACUCAAGACCCUAAUAAUCCUCCUGAUCCAUAGAUUGUGAUAGGUA